AUGUCCAUCACCGGUGAACAUUUCCAGUGGUUCGCAAUCAAUAAAAAGAUCUGCGCAAACCGGCACAUUCCGCUAUGCGUCAUCGCUAAGCCAAUGCCGCCACAACCUCCGGGCAUUCAACUGUCAACAUUUUGGAUUCGUUAUCCGAACGCGGAGUAUCUGGUCAAAGCCAACAUUGCCGCCAGCAGCGGUGGACCCGGCGGUGGAGGAGGUUCCAAGAUUGCCGGUGGCUCGGUUGCCAACCAGCAGCAGUUUCCCUAUCAGGCAGCAAUCAUGAUUAACUUUCCCGAUGGAUCGGGAACCCUUUGCGGAGGUACAAUUAUAGCGGCCACUUUUGUGCUAACGGCCGCCCAUUGUUUAAAGGGUGCUCUGGAUGCGACGGUAGUCGUUGGGACGAACAUUAUUAGCAUUCCAACCGAUGACAAAGCGGUGGAAAUUCCGGUAACGUUCCACGAUAUGCUUGUACAUCCUCGUUAUGACCCGGUUAAUGUGUUGAAUGAUAUCGCAAUUUUGCGCUUGCCAAGGACGUUAGUGUUAUCAGACAAGAUUCAACCGGUCCGCCUACCGUCCCGGCAGGAAGCCCGGCAAGACCUGGCAAGUGUGGAUGCAAUCGUUUCCGGUUGGGGUGCUUUGAACGGAGAUGAGUUUGCCGAAAUUUCCGAAAACUUGCGGCUAGAGUUGCGCUUUGUCAGCAACCCCAUCAUAUCGAACGAAGCAUGCAAGCAGGAGUUCAAGGAUAUCCUUCGUGAGACACAUGUGUGCGUUUCCGGAAGUCACGGUCGGAAUGCCUGCCAAGGGGAUUCCGGUGGACCUCUCACUGCCCAGCUAAACGGGAAGGUUACUUUGGUUGGUAUUGUUUCCUUUGGAUCUACCGAAGGCUGUGAGAAGGGCCUGCCGGCCGUUUACACUCGAGUCAGUUCUUAUCUGGAUUGGAUAUCGGAACACACAAACAUAAAGAUUGAAAAUUAG